UUUUAAACGAGGACUAACACCGCGAAAUUUUUGUUUAUAUGAUAAGACCUGUUGGUAGACACAAAAGAAACGUACAAAGUCCAAGAUAGAAUCUUGCGCCGCGUCGAUAAGCACCCAGCGGGCAGAGAAUACGUUCGACGUGUUUGGUGAUAAUUAACCGCAACUUGGGCGAUAAGCAAAUCCGAAAUCUGCCAUUGUUGGAGGUCGAUUCAUUCGGGUGUUGACACGGUCCGCACAAUGUUUGCUACUCUGCCAGCGGUAGCGCUACUGGUGGUAGCUUUAUUCGGGUUGUACAUUCGACGGAUUCUGCACCUGAGAAGGGCGCACUGGUUGAGCCGGAGGAUCCCGUUCGUAGGAUGGCCGCACAUCUUGUUUGGAAAUGUUCGUGGCAUUUGGAGUGUGGAGCAUUCCAGUACGAUGCAGCAACAGAUCUACCAGGAGUUGAAGGAGCGUAGGUUAGCAGCCGGUGGUUUCAACGUGUUCUUCUCGCCAUCGAUCAUGGCGGUGGAUCCGGAACUGAUCAAGCAGAUACUAGUCACCGAUGCUAACGUGUUCGAUGAUCGCGGUUUGUACAGGGAUAAGCUGUGCGAUCCGCUGAACUAUACGCUGUUCGGAAGCACCGGGGAGGUUUGGCAAGGUUUACAUGAGAACGCUAUGCGGCUUUUGACGGCGGAAUCGGUGAAGGGAAUGUUUGGACUGGUGGCUGGAGUUGCCGAUGAGCUACGGUUGCAGAUUUUGAAAACGAUCGAUCGUCAACGGCUGGAUAUUCACGAUUUGGCCGUGCGGUACUCGACUCAUGUGAUUGGGACUAGCGUGUUUGGAAUUCGGUGCCGAACGAUUCAGGUGGGAUGUACGGAAUUUCGUGAAAUGGGUAGACGAGCUAACGAGUUUACCCGGUUGGUGCUGUUCAAGCAGUGGCUCGGAGUUUCGUUUCCUAGAUUUGCUAGGAUACUGGGGUUGAAAAUGAUAGAUUCCCCCGUAGAAGAGUUUUUCAUCGGAUUAUGCACAGCGACGGUCCUUCACCGGGAGAGCUAUGGCGUAGAGAAGGACGACUUCCUGCAGAGCUAUAUACACUUGCGCAGAGAUAAACGGCUAUCCAUGGAAGAGUUGACCGCUCAGUGCUAUAGCUUUGUCAAAAACGGACUAGAAACAUGCUCUUCGGUGAUGACCUUCUGUUUGUAUGAACUGGCCAGUGCUCCUGCAAUCCAGGAUCGUUUACGUAACGAGAUCAACCAUUCGCUGGAAGAUACCGACGGCCAGUUGACGUACGAAGUGAUCAACUCGAUGACCUAUCUCGACCAGGUUAUAAACGAAACCCUUCGGAAGUACCCUCCGGUUGACUAUCUGAUGCGUCGAUCCAAGACUACCUACAACCACAUUCCAGACGGAACGCUGUUCAUAGUUCCAACGUACGCGCUGCACCACGAUCCUGACCACUAUCCCGAGCCGGAAAAGUUUGAUCCAGAGCGAUUUGCACCGAGCGCGGUCCGCAAAAGACAUCCCUACAGUUUUCUACCGUUUGGAGCGGGUCCGCGGAACUGCAUUGGGGUACGAUUUGGAACGAUGCUGGUCAAGACGGGGAUUGUGACAAUGGUGCGCAGUUUUAGAUUCACGCGACGAGGUGGAGACGACGGGUUACGGUUUAAACCGAGCUCGUUAGUACUGAGUCCGGCUGAGGGUAGCAUGGGCUGUGUGGACGUUAAGCGAAUUUAGUUUGGUGGUGGUUGUGAUUUAGCUGUAGGAUAGUUCAAUUAAAAUGGUGGAAGACUAGAAUAAAUUUAGCUGAAUACGUACAA